GAGGAAAGGAAAAAAAAAGCGCCUUUCCCUGCCGGUCUGAGUAAAUGUUUAAUCCCCAGCUCGGAGAAAAAGAGCAGCUCAAAAGUGCUUUUUUUCUCAGCAAGUCUGAACCAGUCAGCCCGGUGCCUCCUCCCUCCGGCUCACACCCUCCCUCCCACCGCUCCGGAGGAAUAUCCCAGCCUGCUCCAAGGUGCACCCGGGACAGGACGGGCCGAGCGGGGAGGCGGCGGGGCCCCGCACGGGCGGCGGGACGCGGGCGGCCGGGCCGGGAUCCCACCCGCCCGCGCGGCGCCCGCCAUGGGGUCCCCGCACUGGAAGCGGCUCUGCCUCCUGCUCCUGGCGGGUUUAACCUCCUCCCUGCUCCUCUACGCUCACUACUACGCUACGGUGGAGUCGCCCACCAGCCAGAGGAUCCUGGCCAGUGGGAAGUCCUUCAAGCCUUCUGCCAAGCUGGAGGAGCCCAAGCCCAGCAGAAAGCAGCUGAGCACGUGCCUCCACUCGGUGAUGGCCAGAGCAAAGGCAGAUCCCAAGUUUGGGGAGAUCUUCCGCUUCGACACCCCUGUGCUGAUGUGGGACCAGCACUUCACCCCGGAGACCUGGGACAGGCUAAAGACACGACACGUCCCCUACGGCUGGCAAGGCUUGUCCCAUGCAGUGGUGGGCAGCACCCUCCGGCUCCUCAACGUCUCUGCCAACAGGCAGCUCUUCGACAGGGACGCCUUCCCCAGGGGCUGCGUCCGCUGCGCCGUGGUGGGCAACGGCGGCAUCCUCAACGGCUCGCGGCAGGGCAAGGCGAUCGAUGCUCAUGACCUGGUAUUCAGGAUCAACGGUGCCGUGAUCAAAGGUUUUGAGAAGGACGUCGGGACUAAGGUCUCCUUCUACGGCUUCACAGUGAACACCAUGAAGAACUCCCUCAUUGCCUACAAGGAGUACGGCUUCACCCAGAUACCCCAGGCCAAGGACCUGCGGUACAUCUUCAUCCCCUCAGAUAUCCGUGACUACGUGAUGCUGAAGUCGGCCAUCCAGGGCAGCCCGGUCCCGGAGGGCUCAGACAAGGGGGACAAGCCACAGAAGUAUUUUGGACCCGAGGCAUCUGCAGAGAAGUUCAAGCUGCUGCAUCCUGAUUUCUUGCAGUACCUGACAGAGAGGUUCCUGCGGUCGGAGCUCCUGAACUCGCAGUACCGCUCGCUCUACAUGCCCAGCACCGGCGCCCUCAUGCUCCUCACCGCGCUCCACACCUGCAACCAGGUCAGUGCCUACGGGUUCAUCACCUCCAACUACGAGCAGUUCUCGGACCACUACUACGAGCUGGAGAAGAAACCGCUGGUGUUUUAUGCCAACCAUGACAUGAUGCUGGAGGCGAUGCUGUGGAGGAGCCUGCACCGAGCAGGGAUCAUGACCCUCUACCAGCGGUGAGGCCAGGUGGUGGCCCGUGGGGGCAAGGCCAAGGACUCCUGUGGCUCUCCUCCUCUUUCUCACAGACCACCUUCAUCCUCCCGAGGGCUCUCCCCAGCCGGCCCAGCCCAAGGAGCAGACCCUCCGCCCCGCAGCCGGUGGUGGCGGAAAGGGGCAAGCUGAAGCUGGUGUAGGGAAAUGCUGCGUUUCCUUGGGGAUCUCUAGCAACUUGUUUCAUGGUUCAACAUGAUUGAAUGUGGCCUUUGGGGCACCAAGAAUCACCACCGCAGGUGGCCGCAGCCUCCCAGCCCCACGGACAUGGCCGGGAAGCACUGGAGGGGCAGGGUAAUGCUGGAAGAGGAUGCUGGAGACGUGUACGUGGGGCAGCCCCUGGCUGGAAGCCGCCCUUCGCCUUGCCAUUGCACCCCAGCUCAAAUGCUUGUCACCGUGGUGGGACCACAACAGGAACGAUGGAGCCUUGGACUGGAGGGACAGGCGAUCUAGUGAUCGUCCGGCUUACAGGAAGGUGGUGUGUUUGGAGAACACCUCCCUCCCGGACUGCAGAAAGCCCGAACGCCAGCCAGCUCUGGGUUGAUGUGUGCUGCUUUCCAGAAGGAUCUGUUUGCCUCCAUGAUCAGCAGGAAAGCCAGGGGCCUGGCUGCCCUCUCCUGUGACAGACGCACAGCGGGCCCUGCCACUUCCCCCUUCUCUAGGUCACGCUGCUGUCAAACAAGGAAGGGUCUUAAAAGCCAUCAGCUAAGAGUUACUGCAGCUCAGCUGGGACAUGCGAAACGUGGCUGGCCUUGGAGCAUCCUGGCGCUGAGAGCUGCCCUACAGCCCACACGCGUGGGGUAGUGGGUUUGUUGGGUUUUUCCCCUUUGUUUUUCCCCUUGCAUGGGGAGCAGGUGGUGCCCCCUGAGUGCUUUGAGAAGGCAGCCCCGUGCCGGGGGGGUUAGGGACCCUGCUAGCUCGUUGGGUGAGGCUAAGUGGUUGUUACUCUUGGUUUUUGUCUUUGUUGUGGUUCAGCCCCGGCCAGUAACCCAGCCCCACGCAGCCGCGGGCUCACCCCCCCUGGUGGGACGGGGAGAGACUCCGAAGAGUAAAAGUGAGGAAACUCGUGGGGUGAGAUAAAAACAGCUUAACAGGUAAAGCACACGCCGCGCAUGGAAGCAAAGCAAACCAAGGCACUCAUGCACCCCUUCCCACGGGCAGGCAGGCGUCCAGCCCUCUCCAGGAAAGCAGGGCUCCAGCACGUCUAACGGUGACCUGGGAAGGCAAACGCCAUCACCCCGAACGUGCCCCCCUUCCUCCUCCUUCCCCCAGCUUCAUACGCUGGGCGUGACCCCGUAUGGUCUGGAAUGUCCCUUUGGCCAGUUGGGGUCAGCUGUCCUGGCUGUGCCCCCUCCCCUCCCGGCCUCUUGUGCCCCUGGCAGAGCCUGGGGAGCCGAAACAGUCCUUGACUAGUGUAAGCCCUGCUCAGCAACAGCUAAAAGAUCUCUGCGUUAUCAACACUGUUUUCAGCACAAAUCCAAAACACAGCCCCGUAUGAGCUACUGUGAAGAAAGUUAACUCUGUCCCAGCUGAAACCAGGACAGGCUGGAACCCUUGGGCCUUCCCGCGUAAGCCAGAGGGGCUAAGGAAGACCUGCCGGGGAGGCCGGCGGUGCCUGGUACGGCACAGCAGGGGAGCCGUGCGAACCAAGACUCUCCCACUUUGUGCAAUUACAUAAAUGUUGAAUGAUUGUUUGCUUUUA